AUUUGGGUGGAUUGACAGUUGAACCGUUGAGUGGUGAGUUGCUUGGUCAUGGUGUGGGGUGCAGAGCAGUGACUAAGAGAGGGGUCAAUCAAACAAUUAUUUAGUAAUUAUUAAUUAUUGAUUGACUUGACGAUCACCAGAUCCAAGAUCAGAUGCUCAAGUGUCUCACCCUCAACUCAUCAUCCGCCGCCUCUCCGUCACUUUCCGAUUUCCAUUCUUAUUCUCUUCCCUCCUCCCAACCCCAACCCCAAGGUGAUUCCACCGACAACACACCCGCAUCAAGUGCACACUCCUCACCGGCUGUGAAUCUCGCUCGUCGAGAGUACAGCCUCGCUCUGCAAUCAAACUCAUACAAUGAGAUUUGGACUACCAUUCGGGAGCACCACGUUGAUGACCACCACCAUCACCAGCAGCAGCAGGAGGGUCAAGUAUUGCUGUUGGAACGGGUGCUUCAACCCAACAGGGAAUGUGUGGAAGCGGCCCUCCGUCACGCCAAGCCCAACGCCCUCACGCGCCUCGUCUCCGCCUACUUCGACCACAGUGAGAACACCACCCAUCUUUACCUCCUCCUCCACCGCUGCCUCUUCCAAGCCCGCGCCCUCUACGCCCCCUUACACGCCCUCCUCGGCCUUCUACCAUCUGACGAUUCCCCCAGCCUCAGCCAAUCCCAAUGUGAUCGGGCCUUCAACGUCUUCCUCCAAUUCGACACUGCUGAAAACCCCUUCCCUUCCCCCGACUCCCAAAACUUCGACCACAUACACGGAUGCUUUUCUCAACUCAAGCAACAGCUCGAUCACCGCCUUCGCAAUUCACGCUCUGCAGUCCGCCUCUUUUGCCGUGCCUCUGCAGGCUCUUAUGUUUGUUCAAUUGCCAUAACUGCGAUUACCGUCUCUGUCCGUACUCUCGCUGCUCUUGUUGCUGGUCCCUCCUGCGCCGCAUUGCCGCCUCCUCCUCCCAGGUUGGUUCACAAAGAGGUUGCCCAAAUGGCGCAGCUGGAUGCAGCUGCCAAGGGCACUUACGUCCUCAACAGUGACCUCCACACAAUCGAACGCCUCGUGGCCCGCCUGCAUGCAGCCGUCGACGGAGACAAGCUUCUUGUUCGCCUAGUUUUGGAGAGUGGCAAAGAUAGGCAUCCCAUCCAGGAGGUGCUCAAACAGCUGCGCAAGAACCAUCAAAGUUUUCUCCAUCAGCUCAAGGAUCUUGAGGAAUACAUAUGCCUUUGCUUUAACACCGUCAACAGGGCCAGAGCUACGCUCCUCCGUCAAACUUUAGUGCUAGUAGACCACAGACAGAGGCAGAGAGAUGAGAUAGCUGCUGAUUCUCACCAAAAUUUCAUUAACAGUCCAGGAUGAAGCUUUAACCCACGGGGAAAGGUUUUCUUCAACACAAAAGUCCUCACAAUCCAUCAGAUUCCAAAAGAUUUUCAAGAUAUGAAGGGAAGGCAUUGAUGACUUGUUGGUUAUGGUAGGAAAACUGUCAUUGAUUCUGGGAUGAUUAUGGAUCAGGGAGGAAAGGAAUUCAGAGCUCACCUUGUGGAGUAGAAAGAGAUGUCCUGACGACAGGGUUCACAACGUCACUUUUUGGAGGAAACACUCUUGUGAUUAUCCCUGAAGAUGUUUUACACCAAUAUGUGAAUUUCAUAAUUAUUUUUAAAGUUUUUUGUUUCCUUAUUAAGCAAAAGAAGAAAUGAAAUGUAAAUUUUUCUUUUGGUUAUAGUUUCACUAUUUGGCAAGGGUAUAAAGAACAAUAUUAUUAUUAUAAUUUGGGUAGAUUUUAAUAACGUACGAAGAGAUGAUGUUCAUAGUUUUGUUUUUGUCAAGUAUAAAAGUGAAGUGCCACCAGAUUGAGGGGAUAG